UGUCAACAGAAUUCAAGAUUCUGAAUUCUCAUUGAAAAGAUCUGCUCGGUUUAAUUGAGAUGGACAUAUAAAGCUUUUAUAUCUGUACAUCAACUUUGCUCUGGAAAAAAAGAAAAUAUAUAACUGAGAAAACUUCAAGAUUUUCGAGAUAUUUAAACUAAAAGUUUCGUUUCACCCUCCAUGAUGCCUGAGGGAGAAAAAAUUGGAACUCCACAUGGAGACCAUCUUGCUGAAAAGAAAGUAGAGACUACAUUGCCUGUAACGAUGGGCGGAAAAGUUGGGAUGCUUCAGACUUGUGGUGGAGAUGACUUAAAAUUGGAGAAAGAAAAGACAGCAAGACUCAAGUAUUCGUAUAAAGGGAAUAUGUUUUCCAGGAUGCUUGUUGAGUACGAAGUGAAUGGUAAAAACAAAGAUGAUGAGGUUAGAGGUAGCGGAAGUUCGAUUUUGAUACCAGAAAACGCUACCAAUAUCCAAGUUAGAUUUCAAUUAUUCAGUUCUUUUGGUACGUGGUCUGAUCUGAUGACGUACGAACCAACCAAGCCUCGUAUUCUGAAGUACGACAAACCAGUGAUUCACACGUACAUCUUGUGUGCAGACGAAACAGAUUCCCUUUUCCCAGAUGAAGCUGGAUCAGGGUCUUUGGUGAGUGUUUCCAAGGCUGAAUGGUUUGAAACAAAUAUAUUGGAUGACAAUCGGAAAAUGAAAGAGAAAUACACAAAGGGAUUGUCACGACUGAAAUGGGUGGAAAGUUUUAAAAUAACCGAUGUCAACGAAAAGAGGUAUAAACAUCUAGAAAUUGUCCUUAAUUUUGAUGAAGUACCCAGUACUGAAGACAUCGUUGAAUUGUUUGGCGAAGAAAUCCUUCCUUUCAUUACCUAUAAAAAGUCUAUAAAUUCAAUAGUUCCAAAGAAUGAGUGGUUUGAAACAAACAUAUUUGACGAAAAAUCCAACAUGAAGAAGGAAUACAAGGAAAAAUUGUUAAGCUUACCCGGCGUGGAAAAAAUCCAUGUUGGUUUUGAUGGCAAAAAGGAUGGAACAUGGAAAAUAUUCAUCACCCACUCAGAAAACUCACAACCAUCCAUGGAUCAACUGCGCAUGAUAUUUGGAAACAAUAUCUCCUGUUUUGUCGAAUUCAUCCAAGAAAAAGUCGAUAAAAACAGUAGAUCUGCUUUUCUUCGAGGACCAAGAACAGGAGAUCCGCAUCAUGUUACAGGAGAAGAAAACGGGAGCCGUGGAAAAAUAAGUAUUCUUGGCUUUGGAGAUAAACACAAACAGAAACACCACGCAAUCACCAGCUAUCACGUUUGUUACCAAGGAGAAUUAUCGGGAGACCUUUUCGAACAACACCAAAAACUGAAGGCAGCUUCCAGAAAUAAUUUCAGUGAAUGUUCCAAUGGUGAAUAUAAGUAUAAAGACGGAAGUGGAGCUUCCUGGAGGCUUGGUACUUUUUCUUGCGGUUUGUACAACGGUAAGCACGAUAUUGCCCUCAUCGAACUUGAUAAAUAUUUGGACUGCAACGAUGCGGUCAGAUUCAUGAACCAGCAAGAUUUUGAUGACGCUUUGGCGAGUGAAAAGGAAGUCGCUGAAAAAUUUAAGAAAAUGAAUGGAACAGUUCCUGUUGGCAUAUUUGGGUCUGAAACUGGGGAAAGAAUAGGAAACUUGGUUGAAAAAGAUGUGGCACUCAAAAAAGGAAUGAACGACGGCUUUUAUGGCAUAAAAGAUGUGUCUGACGAUAAUAUCUUUGCGGAGGAAGCCGACUCGGGGUCUUUGGUGUAUAUGAUAUGUGAGGAUGGCAAGAAGAUACCAUUCGCCCACCUAAGCAACAUGAAGAACGGCGUCUAUUACUGCUCUAAUUUGAAAUCCAGUUUGGAAGCACUGGCAAGUUCUGUAAAUCCUUGCUUGUGUAGAUGUGGAAAUCACUUUGAAUAAUUAUAUGUGCAAAGUGACCUUAUGUCUAGCAGGAAACGGUAAUCCACAUCUUUAUAUUAUUUCAUCUUGUACAUUUCUGUAGUAGUAUAACAGUAACGAUAAUCUGUAAUAGCAUAAGUGAUAAGUAUAUCAACAACGAUAAUUUGUAAUUGUCAAGCGACAAGUUUUAAUACCAUAAAUAUAACAACAUACGAUUCAUAAAUUGUAAUUGUAAACGUAUAUCAACCAUUGUUUAGGCUAAUACUCUUUAUAUUUAUAAGUAGUUAUCAACAAACGAUUUUAGU